CUCCAUGGAACUGAAAUCCAACGUCUCAGGAUACGCCGACACUUCAUAUCAUACAGCGCCACAACAUAAUACUUUACUUGCCCACUGCAUGUGCCGUACUUUCUCGGUGGGUAAACACCGAUCCCAAUUUUCUCUCCGUCCAAACGCCCCUUCUAUUUUCCAUAUCAUUUCCCUCCGUCAAAACCCUCUUCCUAAAUUUAGGAGAACCUCCUCAAAAUCCCCUUUUCCCACGAACCUCAUCUGAUCUCACCCUCGUCUUCCGUCACCCACCUAUGGCGUCUCCUCCAACUCUCCCAAUCUCUAGUUCCCAAUCUACCGGUGUGGCCGCCGGUCAGUCGCAGCAGCCGCCUAUAGCGACGCCGGCGUUCCGAGCAUUCAUGUCGCGCCUAUCCGCCUCGAUCCGCCACGGCUUCUCUCAGCGCCGGCCGUGGUUGGAGCUCGUUGACCGUAGCUCCAUGGCACGACCUGAUAAUCUUUCCGAAGCUGCAUCUCGGAUUCGGAGGAAUUUCUCGUACUUUCGCGUCAACUACCUAACCCUACUCGCGCUGGUAUUGGCUUUCUCUCUCCUCUCUCACCCUUUCUCUCUCCUCGUCCUCCUCUGCCUCCUCGCGGCGUGGCUCUUCCUCUACCUUUUCCGGCCCUCGGAUCAGCCCUUGGUCCUCCUUGGCCGUACGUUUUCGGAUCGCGAAACCCUAGGUAUCUUGGUGGUGUUAACCAUCGUGGUGGUGUUCCUCACCAGCGUUGGAUCACUGCUGAUCUCAGCAUUGAUGAUUGGAUUGGCCAUUGUUUGCGCGCAUGGUGCGUUUAGAAUGCCGGAGGAUCUGUUCCUUGAUGAUCAGGAGCCCGCCGCCUCCGGAUUCCUCUCCUUCCUCGGCGGAGCGGCAUCUUCCGCCGCCGCGGCUGCCGCUCCGGCCGUUGCCGCUCGCGUAUGAGAUAGAUCUAAUUUGAUCUGAUCUAUACAUUGCUACGAGGCUAUUUUUGGUAGAAGAAGGUUUUCUUUUAUUUCGCUUCAAUGCAAUUUUUAGGUUUUUCCUCUCUUACGUAGAUUGGAUCUGGAAAUCUGAAAAUUUAGAUGACCUGAUCUAGUUUGCUGUGAUUGGUAUGUAAUUUUGUUUCUGAUGGAUUUGGUCAACCAACAUUCUGUAUACAAUAUGUUGAUGGGUCAUCAUUGAUCAAUGGAGGAAGAUGAAUCAUUAUAAUCUGUUUCCGUUUGGUUUGAUUUUAGUUUUGGUUUUAA